AUGAAAGCAAUAUAUUAUGUGGUUUUUUACAUAUCGUUAGCAAUUACAUUAUGUUCACCCAAUGUUUCUACGUUCUGUGGAAACGAUGAACAGAUCGAAGAUUUACAAACGGCGUUAAUAACACAGGAAUCCAUUUCCACGGUAUUGACAACACUGAGCGCAAUACCGGUAACCGGUGCGACGUUAGCGUUCGCGCAAAUGAUAAUGUCUGGUCGGUUUGCUUGGCAUUUGAAAGAAGUAUUUGAUGAAAUGGAAAGUUCGUUGGAUAAGGAACAUACAGACUACACACAGUGUUCAAAAAUCUUGGAAAUGUCAGUAACAGCAACCACAGCCUUGAAGUCAACUAGUUUUGGGUUCUCUCUGACGGCAAUGAUACCGGGUGUCGGUUUGUCAUUUUUAGCUCCGAGGUUAUUUACAUCGAUAGCUCCUAUGCUAGUUAUAAGAGAAAGAUUAGCAUUUUGGCAAAAGACCGGUUGCCAAUAUGCCACAACAAGAGAUUGUAAUUUAUAG